AUGACGCAAGGCGGUACUCAAAAGCAGUUAAUUGGAAACGAUCCAGAAAUUGCUGCGCGACUCAACUUGGUUUCAGAGUUAUUGGCCAAAGACCUAGAACGCAUGGCGGCUCCUCAAUCAGCUGCCUCGCGUCUGUAUCCUUCAUGGUCUCUAGAGCUUCGUAGCCUUCUUUGGUUCACUUCGGCCGGCUCCAUUUUUUGUGACGUCUCGCAACAGAUACCUCUGGUCCUCGAACCUAUGCGACGAUUGAGGUUUGACGCCCUACACGGGUUAUCACACUCUGAAAUCCAUGCCACUAAAAUUAAUUAG